CUGUCAUUUUGACAGCAUAUAAAUUUAAAUCCAUUUUGAAUCAAACAAACAUUUUAAACGGUUUUUAGUCUGUUUCUUGCAUUGUAUAUUAUUUAGAUGAUUUAGAAUCAUAAAAAAUAUUAGAUAUUUUUGGUAUAAGUAGGUUUCUAUUUUGAGAUGGGUGAUGUUUCAGAAUUUUUCAAGAUGCAUUUAAAUUUAUUUAAUAAAGCCAGUGUAAUGGGUCAGAAAUCUAACGCAAACAGGAAAGAGUUUGAACUUUUAAGAAAAUGUAAACGGGAUACACUUAUGAAAUUUAGAAGAAAUAUUCCAGAGAAUCCCAGCCCAUAUGUUACACCCGUGUCAAAUAAAAUUAAUGAAACACAAUUGCAAAGAAACAAUCAACAGUUUAAUGCUAAUAAUAAUAACUCUAAUUCUUCGGUUCCUGCCAAAAAAAUAGUUCCAAAUAAGAGAUUAGAGCUUUUAGCAAAGUGGAAAGCAGAAAAAGAGGAACGUAAAAGAGUUGAAAGAGCUAAAGCGAAGCCAAUUUUUAAGAUUUGUCAUGUAUCUCGUGAAGCACUUCCAGAUGUUUCAAAUGCCAAUAAAGUUAUUAAAGGAAAACCUAUUGUUACUCUGUCAAAAAAAGAACAUCAUCAGUUUGCACCCCCUAAUCAUAAAUUUAAACCUCCAUCUGGAAUAAAGCCAUUUGAAUUUACGUUAUCGCCGGCAAAAUCGCAAAAGGACUUUUGUUUAAUAAGCAAGGCAAUAAAUACACUUGCUGAGGGAAAAAAAAUCUUGAAAAAUCAAAUUAUCAAGAACAUCGAAACGAGUAGUGCCUUAGUUGUUCCAUCUACACACAAACAGAAUAAAUUAAAUUCACAUAUACCUGAGAAAAAUAAGUUAUAUACAAACGACACUUCAGCUUCGACAAGAAUUACUCGGAAUAAGUCUAAGAAUCUAAAAAAAAAUUUCAAUACAAAAGUCGAUAGUAGUAUAGUUUCAAGUACACCUAUUGUGAAAAGUAAAUCAAAUAAAGAAUUGUGUAGUGAAACUGGUGGGCAAAAAAAGAACUCUUCCCACCAAGCGUUAAAGAACGUCUCGCAACUAGAAACAACAGAUAGUACGUUUUCAAGUACGCCUAUUGUGAAAAGUAAAUUAGAUAAAGAAUUAUUUAGUAAAACUGGUAGGCAAAAAAAGAACUCUUCCCACCAAGCGCCAAGUAACGUUUCGCAACUAGAUACAACAGAUAGUACGGUUUCAAGUACACAUAUUGUAAAAAGUAAAUUAAACAAAGAAUCAUGUAGUAAAACUGGUAGACAAAAAGAGAACUCUUCCAACCAAUCGCUAAAAAAUGCCUCGCAACUAGAAAGAACAGAUAGUACGGUUUCAGGUACACAUAUUGUGAAAAGUAAAUUAAAUAAAGAAUCAUAUAGUAAAACCGGUAGACUAAAAAAGAACUCUUCCAACCAAUCGCUAAGAAACACCUCCCAAAUAGAAAAAACAGAUAGUUCAGUUUCAAGAUCACCUAUUGUGAAAAGUAAAUUAUAUGAAGAAUCAUGUAGGAAAACUGCUAGGCAAAAAAAUAACUGUUCCAACGAAUCGUUAAGAAACUCCUCGCAUCAAGAAACAACACAGUUUGGAAAUAAAUUGAAUGGUGUUUCUAGCUUGCCAUCACCACCAGUGGUCGUUAAUUUAUCUCCACCAGUGAAUAAGUUAGUAGAUGUUCCAGUGUACGUAAGUCCAUAUGUUACACUUUCGCGAGGUAAACGAUCUGCCCGUAAGGAAUAUAAAGUACGAAAUUCUUUAGAGAUAAAUAUAAAUGAUAAUGAAAUCUUAAAAAAUAUAUCUUCAUGUACAAAUCCACAGUCGGGUGCAAAUUAUUUUACAAAUAAAUUAGAUAUGGAAAUUGAGAAAAUCUUAUCAAUUUGUAAUAAAUGGGAAACAUAUUUGAAGGGUCCAGAGGUACCCGAAGAAGCUCGAUCUUCCAUAGAUGUCGCUAUUGGCCAGUCAAAAUUAUUGAUUUCAAAGAAGUUUCAACAAUUCAGAGGUUUAAUUGAUCAGUGUAGAUCACCGAAUGUUGAUGAAAAGGCAAUUACCUGUUCAGAUUUACAUGGUUUUUGGGAUAUGAUAUAUAUGCAAGUAGAAGAUGUUGAGAAAAGAUUUAAUAAUUUGGAUAGACUUAAAGAUAAUAAUUGGGAAGAAAUGCUACCAGAAAUUAAAGUUCCAGAGAAAAAAUGCAGGGGCCGGCCGAAGAAAGUUUCCGCUACCUCUAAAUUAAAGAAUUUAAUUGAAGCUGCUCGGAAACAGAAAAAAAACGAAAAUGAAUCAGAUAUUGUUGAAGGCUCAAACAAUGUACAUAUUGCGACAAGAGAUCAAAUAUUAGUUAACGGUUCAGCAAAAAAGAACUUGCGAAACUCACUAUUAACGUCCCAAAGUAGACUGUCGUGUAGUUCAUCUCCUGGUUUAACAAUGAUGAAAAUAUCUCAAUCUAUUAAACAAGGCCAAGGCGUAACACCUGUUAAAGGUAUAUUAAAAGCUGAAGUGAACAAUUCAACUGGUAAAAAGUCCGUAAUUUUUAAGGAAGAUUUACUAAUAAAAAAAUUGUCUAAAAUAUCGUUAUUCAACAAUGAAAACAAGGAAAAUUCACCUGAAAAUGUUAAAUGCCCAUUGACACCUAGAAGAUCUGCUAGAUUGAGUAAACUUAAUUAAUAAUUGUUAAUGUAUUUUACAAAUUUUAGUCUAGAUUUAAAAAUAAUACAAAAACAAAGGAAAUAAAUGAUUUUUUAUAUUAAAGAA